UGCAUUGUGGCGUGAUGAAUUUUCGGGGUCUACGAUACAGUCAUUGAUCAAAACAAACACAGGAAUGACGACUACAAGAAUCAUGCUUAAAAGCAGCUCAAAAGAAAACGGAUGAGACCGAUUGCGUCCAGAGGCGAAGCAGCGGUACUUGCAGAAAAUAGCGUGCAUUGGAAAUGUGGACCCGUAUGAAAUAUGGCCGUGGAGUAGAAACCCUGAAGAACAACCGCUAUAGCCUGACAUAUUUUCGUACCUUAUCUGUGGAGUCAGCGCGUACAAGUCGUCAUUCAAACAAAGUGACUCUUUCCUCCAUCAUGGCGACUGCAGCACCUGUGUCUGAGCUGAGGAUUAUUCUGCUGGGGAGCAGCUGGACUGAGAAGAGUUCAGUGGGGAAUCUCUUACUGGGAAAUAAUGUCUUUAAUAAUAAACCUAAAGGCUGUGUGAGAACUGGUGGGACACUGGAGGACAAAAAAUUAGUUGUCAUCAACACCCCCUACCUGCCUCCUCUCGACACCUCCCAAAAUGAUCUGACAGAGUUUAUAAAAGACUGUGCAAAACACUCUGCUCCUGGACCUCAUGUGUUCCUGCUGCUUGUACAGCCUGAAAACUUUACAGAAGAGCACAAACUGAGACUCUGCAGAGUCCUUCAAGGUUACAGUGAUCGAUCAUUUGAUCAUUCACUGAUACUGAUCUCAGCACCCAGAGAGGAUAGCUCAGGUUGUGGGGAAGACUUCAUGAAAAGUCCAGCAUUAAAUGAAAUGAUCAAAAAAUGUAAAUGCAGAUACUUGAAGAGGAGCAACGUUGAACUUCCAGAGCUGUUAACACAUUUGGGUGAAAUUACAAAGGACAACAAUGGAGAGCAUGUCAGCUAUGAAGCUUUUGAGGACACAACACAAACAAUAGCAGGAGAGCAAAACCCAAAACAAAAGGACGCAAAGACUCCAAUCACUGAUAAUGUGGAUGCAGGUCUAAGCAGAGAAGCCCAGACCUCCCUCUCCCCAGCCGCCUCUUCCAGUUUGUCCAGGGGGAACACCCAGGUGUACCCAGGCCAGCCAAGAGAUAUAAUCUCUCCAAUGUGUCCUGGGUCUGCCCAGGGGCCUCUUCCAGUGGGACAUGCCUGGAACACAUCGCCCAGGAGACAUCUUUGUCAGUUUCCUGAACCACCUCAACUGGCUCUGUUCAAUGUGAAGGAUGGGGAUUCACAAUCUUGUUCUUUCGGUCAUUAUGUAAUGACCAAAAGUGGGGGAUGUAGAUCAACUGGUAAAUUGAGAGCGACGUUUUACGCUAAUCUCUCUCUUCACCAUGACAAUCGUUUCAGUGUCCGCAUCACUGUAGCCACAGCACCAGUCUGUUGAUCUCUUGGUCCUGUCUUCCCUCACUCAUGAACAAAACCCCAAGAUACUUAAAUGACUCCACUUGGGGCAGGACCAUGUCCCUGGUCCGGAAUGGGCACUCCACUCUUUCCCACUGAGGACCAUGGCCUCAAAUGUGGAGGUGUUGCUGCUUCAUACUUGGCUGUGAACUGUUCCAGUGCAAGCUGGAGACCGUCAACUGAUGAAACCAACAGAACUACAUUAUAUGUGAAAAGUAGAGAUAAAAUUUUGAGACCGCCAAGUGGAAGCCUUCCUCCACUUGGCUAUUCCUAGAAAUUUUGUCCAUAAAAAUGAAUAGAAUCUGUGACAAAGGGGAGCCUUGGUGGAGUCCAACACCCACCGGAAAUAAGUUCAACUUAUUGCCGGCUAUACAGACCAAGAUCUUGCAACAACUGUAUAAGGAUCAAAUGGCAAUGGUCCAGUAGCUGGUCCAGUGUUCUGUGAAUGAGACAAAAAUCGCAUUAUUCUUUCUGUAUCCAGAGUUCCACUAAUAGAUGAACUCUCCUUUCCAACACCCUGGUAUAAACUUUCCCGGGUUGGCUGAGGAGUCUCAUAGUCUUGGGUCUUGUAACCCAGUGUUUUGUGUUUGUGUAUUUGCAUUCUGCAAUUUUGUGGAUUUUCAUGGUUUAGUUUUUGUAUUUCUAGUUCUUUUAGUUAUUCUUUAGUGUUUUGGUGAUUUCUAGUCUUUAGGUUUUGUUACUGUGUCUACUUUGUGUUAACUAGUCAUCUUUGUCUCUAUAUUUGUGUAUUUCCUGUUUUACUUUGACAGUUUGUGUCCUGUAUUAGUGUUUUCAGUUUUGCUCUCCUCCCCGCCUCAUCGCAUCUGAUUAGUCCGACCUGUGUUCCCCUCGUGUUUCCUGUUUUCCUCAUUACCCUCUGUGUGUAUGUAUAGUGUGUCUUUCCCUCUGUUCCUGAUCAGAUCGUCUGCUUGUCAUUCCUCUGUAUUUCCUCUGCGGUACUUACCAGGUGUUCCCAAGUCUCUGGUCGCUUGUUCCCAGUUUGAGGUUUUUGUAUUGUCUCCUAUGUCCCACAUGUCCUUUGGUUUAGCUUCUCCCAGUUUAGGUUUUCCUAGUUUGUCUCUGUUCCUCCUGUUGACUUUUGUUCGUGGCGUUAUUGCAGCCAACAGGCCAAAGGCUCAUCUUUUGUUAAUCUCCACCCUCAUCUCCGUGUGCCUGCUUUUGGGUCUGCAUCCACCUCACUCCACCUCUGCUCUGGCAGACGUGACACGGGGUGUGAUCCCGCUAUAGUUGGAGCACACUCUCUAGUCCCCUUUCUUGAAGAUGGGAACCAACAACCCAGUCAGCCAAUCUAGAGUGUCAUCAUACAGGAUUGUACUGUUGGGGAAAAGUGAGGAAAAGAAGAUCAAACUUGGUAACCUGAUCAAUGGGUACCAAGGUUUUCACUGCCAAAAACAGUCACCAAUAAUGCACUGUGUGGCCUGCUGUAGUGAGUGGAGA